CGAGAUCAUAACUAGCCUAGCAACCAUUGACGCUUUCGGUUUCAAACUAUAUCAAUACGCAAUAUAUUAUCCCAGCUUUAGAUCAUUUAUUUUUAUAGAAUAUGAAAUAUAUCAGGUAAAAUCAUAGAAGACAUCGAUUCAAAUGCAUGGUAUCCAUCUGUUCCCGCUGUAGAGAGGUACCGUAUGCACUAUUUGUUUGAAAAAAUAACUUCCGGUGAGACCAGUGGCCAGGGCUCUUGGACAUGAUGUAGGCCUAAUUGUUGAAAUAAGUUUCCAAUUCUCACGUUUAAAAUGCCAUAGGUGUGUUAACAAGGAAUGGAUUAGAUACUAAAACCAUUUAACGACCUAAACGGAUACUGGCCUAAAUCUACGCGUAGAAAAAAAUCACAGGACUGUCAAGUGACAGGAUCUUUAUGUAUGCCAUGGUUCAUAGUACAAAUUAAGAUUGUGGUUUGGAUUUACUGAAACCCUGACUUAGUCUUUUAAUUACUCUACACGUGGUUAUUAAUUGUUAACAACAUGUCGGCACAUACAGAACAGUCUCGACGGAGGAGCACAGACAAGGGAACACAAAAUCUAUCUUUCAGUUUGCCUGCUCUCGCAAGAUACCAUGGAGUACCAAAACGAUACGAGGAGACCAGGCCAGUGCUGAUUCAGGGUCACGCCCACAGGAGAAUACUUAAUAUUGGCCAUGACCUGCACAGACAGACCUUGGACAUUGCUGAGCUGGAAAAGCUGAAAUCGAUCCGAGAUGCAGAAAAAGCACUGUGGGCAGAGGCAGAGCAGAUCAAAGCUGCUGCUGUCACAAAGGCACGAGAAGAGGCUGCCAUAGAACAGGAGCGUGUUAUUGAGAAAUUCAAUAAAGUUCAUCAAAAGGCCCUGAAGGAGGAGGCACUGCGCGUUGAGAUGGCCAUGCAGAAACUUGCCAUCGAGCAGGUGAAACAGGCACGCAUGGAAGGGGAGGAACGUCUACGUGAGGCUGUCCAAGCUGCCGAGGAGAAGGGACGUGCUGAGCUCAAGGUUGCUGUAGAGACUGCCAGGAAGGAAGAGAAGGAAAUGGCUGCCAACGAGGUGGCACGCAUCAUAAGAAUUCAUGAAGACAAGUUUAAAGCUGAAGUGGUUAAGGCAAAGGAAGAGAAAAGGAUAGCUCUGAUCGAAUUAGAGAAGAAAAAGGAUAGCGAGCGAGUGAAGGCUGUCGCAGAAGUGGAGCAACGUGAACGAAGCAUCGCUGCAGAGAAAAUCAAAGAACUUACCAAGGUAUUUCAACAGAAAAUAACAUUACUAGGGCUGGAAAUACAGGAAAAACUGGCAGAAAUAAAGAAACGAGAGGAGAGAAUUCUUGAAGUUGAAGCAGAAAAGAAAAUUGUUGAAGCAGUAUUAGCAGAAACACAGAGAGAUUUUCAGGACUUUAUAGAUCGUAUUCAACACUUUGAGGAUAAGACAGGCCAGGCUGACUACAUGGUGCGACCUGUCUACCUAGAGGAAAUAGUCAAAAUUCAAACAAUGAAACCCUGUGUGUAAGGACCACAAGUUUUGAGAUAUGUGAUUGUAUAUGUCAUGGUAAAUAUUUUCACAAACCUGUCUGAUCAUAAAUUUUUAAAAUUCACCUUUUUGAAAUAUUUUGAAAUAGCCAUUCUGUAUUUCAGCUAUACUAAUUGUACAGUAUCUGUAUUAAUGUGUUUUGGUACAAAGCAGUACAUUUUUGUAAAUCAUGACAUUUUUCUUUUCAAACAAAAUUGAUAUCCUUGGAUACCCUAAAUUACAAUAUCUAUGCAACAUUUUUAUACAAAAGACUAUGUACAUAAGCUUUAUAUAUAUAGUGGGAAUGCUUAUUAAAAUGAAACACAGACCCAUUGUUAUUUAUUGUUAUUGUCUAAUUUGAAGUGUUUUUGGGAGCUGUAGUUGUUAAGAUUUUCCUAAUUUGUUAAUUGAUUUUGCUAAAUAUCCUACCCUGGCAAGUUAAUUGCUUUGAAGUCAAUUAUCUGCAAAACAUUUUUUUUUUUUUUUAAUCACAACACAGCUACACUUUGAUACAUAUACACUGACCUUUGUUAGAAAGGGUGGCUGAUAAUACUUGACAAUUAUUUAGUAACAUUGACAAAUAAAUUUGUAAUUAUAGUUAAUGGCAAUUUUAUCAGCAUUAUUGUUUUUAUAAAUUAUUAAAACAUAUUUCGGAUCUGUAAUAAAUUUGUAGUGAAAAUGAACUGCAUAAUAACUUAGCCGAACUCUAUUUUUAUACCAGAUUAUAACAUUUUUAUUGAGAUAACAGUUGCAGAUAGUUAGAUAUUAUACAAGUUAGCACUACAGAUCACCAGAAGCCUUAUUUUGUUAUUGUUACAUUGUUUCGUGUUUUGAGAAUUACACUGGUUGACAUGUAACCUUGUUUAUUUGUUAAAGCCUCAUUUGUUGACUGUUGGUGUUGGGGUGUUAAUUUUGGUGAUGGGAUAUUUCAGUUUUGAAAAGUUGUCUUCUAGAACUUAUUUCCAAAACAAAAGCCUAAAAUAAAACAAGAGGCACAUAUGGCCUGUAUCUCUCACCUGGAUAUAUAUAUGGCAGUGGUUAUGGCAAAACACAUUUCUACAGAAGAAAGAUUUCGAAGAGUUUGAUAUAUUUUCCCAUUUUGGCCCUUUAAACACAAAAUUGGUCCCCCUUUAACCAAGGAUGCUUCAGACCAAAUCCUUUCAUUCUUGCAGAAGAAAGAGGAUUUUAAAGAAUUUGCUAUGCUUUCCCUAUAGGGCCCACCUCUCACACCCCAGGGGACCAAGCCCACAGUUUAUACAAAAUUCCUGUUCCCCUUUUUCAAAGGAUACUUCAGACCAAACUUGGUCAAAAUCCAUCAUAUCCUUUUUGACUUGUAGCAAUUUAAAUGACUUGCUUGGAUUGAAAUCCCCUCUUAGGGUCUCAAAAUUAAUUUGGUCCUUUAUGGCUAGUGGUGAUAUAAAGGAAUAGUUGACAGUCGGAUGAUGGAUGUCUUUAAGACCAGUUGAGCUUAAAAUGUGACAAAGUGGUACGGGUACAUAUAUAUAUACAAUACAUACUGGGUUUUUAGGAAAGGCUUUGUUUGGAUUGCUAAUGUCAACAAGUGUUUUCUUCUCAUUAUCUUAAUUAUAAUGCUGCAUGUACUAGUGAGUGUUAAUAAGUUUGAUGACUUUCAGACUGCCCUCUUCUAUCUUUUCUCCGCCUACUGCUUUAAUCACAUACCGAUGUUACUGAAAUGUAUUUACAAACUAGUCCGGAAAUCACUGGUUUACAUGAAAUCUUCUAUUUUUUUUUCUUAUUCAACCUUUUUGUUGUUGUUUUAAACAGUAUUAACUUCAUGUGUCAACUUAAGUGAACUUUACAUUUUCUUAUAUAUUACAUAUAUA